UUUUGUUCACGAGUCUCGUAAACAUUUCCCACUAAUAUUCCUGUUCCUGAGAGUUGGCACCUCAGAAGAGUUGGAGCAUUUAUAUUCAUCUUCAUCCAUCUCCUCUUCAUGAGAUUGUAUGUUAAUAUUAUGAGAUUCAUGGUAUUGUAAGAGAUAUGGAUACAUGGGUGCGGGUCUUCAUGUUCAUGCCACUCUUUCUUCUCCACCUCUUCACUCCUGGCAUGGGUGGAUCGUUGUGGAUAGAUUGUGGAGUGGAAGAGAGUUACUUGGAUCUGAAUGGAAGGGUAUGGGUGCCGGAUCAUUCCUACAUCAAGUCAGGGGAGAACAAAGUCGUCAGAAGCGGGACCACCACCCACUCCCAAAUAUUCCUCACACUGCGUGCUUUCUCCUCACAAAAUAAAAAUUGUUACAUUUUGCCUGUGUCCGGUGCUGGAGUGAAGCUUCUCCUACGAGUAGGAUUCUACUAUGGUAACUAUGAUGGCUUCUCAAAACCUCCGGCAUUUGAUAUCCAAUUUGAUAAUAACAUAUGGGUCAACAUCAUAACUUCAGAGGAAAAAGCAGUGGCCUACGAAGUAGUGUAUGUGGCAUCGAGCAGUAGUACAACCUUUUGUGUGACUCGAACAAUUCCCAAUGAGUUCCCCUUGGUCUCUGCAAUUGAAUUGACAGAGCUCCCCAAGAAUAUGUACUCGCACAUGGACACUGAGCGUGCAUUGUUCAUUCAAAGUAGGAUUGACUUUGGAGCAACAUCUGAGUAUAUAGGGUAUCCAUAUGAUGAGCACAAUAGAGUAUGGUGGUCUUGGACUCCAUCAAACACUGAUGUUGUGAUAGCAGACUUCUCGUACCUUAUCAACUCAGUUAGUGAUGAUCCACCAUUUUCUGUUAUGAGCACAGCUGUUGAAUCAGCAAAUUCAACAAGCCCAAUGUAUCUCUCUUUUGAUCUGCCCAUGUCUGAAAGGUCAGCAUAUUUAGCAAUCUACUUCACUGAGGUGUCAGAGAUGGCAGUUGGAAAUCGAACAUUCAAUAUCUAUGUUGAUGGCAAGAGCUACAACAUGACAUUGAGCCCGCGCUAUCGAAUGAUUGAUGAGUUCUCUGGGUACGCAGACCCAGCAGUUGGUCCCCUAAAUCUCACCCUCUCUUCGACUCCAAAUUCGAAUUUUCCACCACUCAUCUCUGCCUUUGAACUAUACACAUCUAGUGAUUUGCUAACGACACAAUCAACCUCACAAACUGACUUGGAAGGCCUGGCAAAACUUAGUUCAGCAUUUAUCCAACUACAAAGUUGGACAGGCGAUCCAUGCUUGCCAUUGAAAUCCAAUUGGGAAUGGUUGCAAUGUAGCAAUGACGAUGCCCCUAGGGUGAAUGCACUCUAUCUCUCAAGCUAUGGCCUUGAAGGAUCUCUUCCCAUCUUUGAAGAGAUGCAGGCCCUUGAAAUCAUAGAUCUACACAACAAUAGCCUAACUGGUGAAGUUCCAUAUUUUCUCGGAACAUUGCCCAACUUGAGAGAAUUAAAUUUGGAGAACAAUAGGUUCAACGGAGAAUUACCAAAAUCACUCAACAACGAGAAGAUCAAUGUGAAGGCUUCAGGAAACCCAGGGUUAAUCCUUCCUAAAAGGAAAAAGAGCAAUGCAUCUUUGAUAAUUGGAAUGAGUGUCCUUGGAUCCUUGCUACUAAUAAUCAUUUUCCUUCUUGUGAUCAUUUGCUGUCUCUGUAAGGGGAGAUCAUCCAAAAGGCCACCUCCAUCUCCACUUCCCCAUCCCCAAACUAGCACCAGCACCAUUGCUGAAGUAGGAAACAACCACAAAACCAACCUUACUUCAAGUUCUGUGGAAAAUGACCAAAGUGUACCUAUUCAAGUUGGAGAGGAAGGUGGUGAAUAUGGACAGACAGGAUUUUCCACUGGGGAAAUUGCAGACAUCCAAAAGCAGAUGGUAUCAGAACUGGGGCAUUUGAUCCAAGAGCAUGCCCAUGUUUCAUUGGCUUCAAAUGAGGCCAGUGCUCCCCCUCUAUAA